GUUUCAUUUGAUAGAGAAGAUGUCUCACGUCAUAAUCGAUGGCUGUGGGCUGGUAACAGCUUAAAAGAACCUACAGUUCAGAGUUCUAGAAAAGUUUCCGGCUGAAGAAAUCAAGUGACUAAAUAAAAAAGCAGUCAAGGUUGAGGAAAGACAAACAUGAGAAACCCAGACCUAGUUAUCAUUGCCUUGCUGCUCAGCUGUGUAAUAGAUAGUACCGUCUACAGCCAGGUAACCUGCCGCAGAGCCACGACUCGUGAAUGGUACACUCAGCCAAAGAACAUCAGUGUGAGGUGGACCCUCAUGGAGAACACCUGCAGCAGCUUGACCCAGUGCUGGAGUAGACAAACAGAAACAAAUGGACACUUGUGGACAACUGGGUCAUAUCACUUUCCUCAGCUUUGCCCGCUGGAAUUUCAAUUUGGAGAUGUGAUGUUUGUUUCUGCUGACAGAACGCUGGAACAAUUUGGUAUCCACCUAAUUAAUGUGUCCAAAGAGGAGUUUGAAAACUGCUUGAUUUUAGAGCCACGAAAGGAGCAGUUGGUGUUUGCCAACAGUAUUAAUGGUACUUUGCAAGUGGAAACGAAAUGGCUGAAGACCGGUAUGAAUUACUUCACUGUUGUUCAUAGAGGCAGUAGUCAUCUGUGUAGGCUUGGCCUACGCAUUGCACUUCUGGUAAAGCCUCAGCACUGCCAGAGCUCACCUCUUCUUCGCCUGUGUUCGGGAAAUGGUGAAUGCAGAACUACAUGUAAAGACGAUUCAUUUAGCUGUCAGUGCCACAAACACUUUUCAGGACUUUAUUGCGAGAACAUUGAUGGAUGCUAUGAACAGCCAUGCUUAAAUGGAGGCACCUGUCUGAGCAAGAGAACAGCCUACACAGAUCUCCCACCUUACGAAUGUCUUUGCCCCUCUCCGUUCACAGGUGUCAACUGCUCUGAAAUCACUGGACAUCAAAAUUGCAGUAAAGGGUGCAAAGAAGGAGCUUGUGUACAAGUCUCAUCAACUUCCUACAGAUGUGAAUGUUUCACAGGAUAUACAGGUACUUACUGUGAACGAAAGAGGCUCCUCUGCGAUUCAAACCCGUGCUGGAAUGACGGUCGCUGUGAGGAGACUGCUAAUGGAUAUGUUUGCACAUGCCCAGGGGGUUUCACAGGCCUCAACUGUGAGACCACCACUGAGGCUGACAGCUACUGCAAGUCUAACGGAUGUCAACUGGACGAAGCGUGUGCCACAGAAAAACUUAAUUCCACAUGUAUCUGCGUAGGCCCGGAAUGCUCGGAGCAGGCAGAGGUGUGUGGCACUUUGCUCUGUCUCAACGGUGGCAUCUGUGUAGUUCAGAAUGGCCAGUAUCAUUGCAGAUGCCGACAAGGUUUUUCCGGAAAGAACUGUGAAGAAAUAAUUGACUUCUGCAAGCUGCUCAAUAUUAACUGCCUGAAUGAGGGAUUGUGUCUCAGCCUAGUUGGAGGAUAUAAUUGUCUCUGUGCACAAGGAUGGACGGGGGAGUUUUGUCAGUACUUGGAUAACGCAUGCUUAGCCUAUCCAAACAGAUGCUUGAACGGAGCUACUUGCAUCAGUAUGAGUCAGCCAACUGCACCCCCGCACUAUAUGUGCACCUGUCUCCCUGGAUACACAGGACGUUACUGUGAGGCUGAAGUAAAUGAGUGCGAUUCCAGUCCCUGUCAGCACCAGGGAACAUGCACUGACUUUGUUGGAUACUACAAUUGUGCCUGUCCUUCAGGAUACACUGGGGUUGACUGUGAGGUUGACAUAAACGCCUGUGUGCUUCCGAAUGUUACCUGUCCCCCUGGAACAUUCUGUGUGGAUUUGCCAGGUGACCAGCUCCAUAUAUGUCACACUCAAUGCCCUCCCUAUCUACAGCCAUGUGCCAAUGGAGGACAUUGUGUCCUUAACAACAUCACCAGUUACAGUUGUGUUUGUGCAGCUGGAUGGACUGGGCCGACCUGCUUGGUCAACAUAAAUGAGUGUGUCCAGCACAGGUGUCAGAACAGAGCCACCUGCGUGGAUGAGGUUGGUGGGUACAGUUGCCUUUGCGGUCACGGAUAUACUGGAGUCCACUGCGAACUUGACAUUGACUUCUGCUCUGGGCAUCAGUGUUCAGAACACGCCUUCUGUCUGGACCAACAGCACAACUACACCUGUCACUGCAUGCUGGGAUAUGAGGGAACGUUCUGUGAGCUUGAGACAGAUGAAUGCAAAAGUGCACCAUGCACCAACGUUACCACUUGCAUUGAUUUGGUGGCAGGUUACCAAUGCCUGUGUGCUCCAGGAUUUAAGGGUCGAACAUGCUCCAAGAAUAUGAAUGAGUGCUGGUCCAGACCCUGCCUUAAUGGGGGCACCUGCAUUGAUCUGGUCAAUGACUACAUUUGUAUCUGUCCACUUGGAUUCACAGGACAUGACUGCUCCAUGCCGGCUGCGGGCUGCACUUCCAACCCUUGCGAUACGAAGGGCACUUCCAUGUGCGAAGAGCAGCAGGGCAGUUUCAAGUGCACGUGUCACCAUGGCUAUACUGGCCUAUUUUGUGACACUUCUAUCAAUCACUGCGUUGAAGGAUUGUGUCAUCACGGAUCAAAGUGUGUGGAUCUCCUGCUGGGUUUCGUGUGUGAAUGUUUGCCUGUGUUACAAGGACGAUUCUGUGAGGUAAACAUUGAUGACUGUCUCGAUAAGCCUUGUGGUGCACUCAGUAUCUGUAAAGAUGGUACCAAUGCCCAUGACUGUUUCUGUGCACCUGGGUUCGUUGGUAAUAACUGUGAGAUUGAAGUAAAUGAGUGUCUUAGUCUACCCUGUCAGAAUGGAGCUUCCUGCUCAGAUGAGCUUAACUCCUUCAGCUGUCUCUGCCUUGCCGGGACCACAGGCAGUUUGUGUGAAAUAAAUAUAGAUGAAUGCCAGUCAUCGCCAUGCAUGAACAAAGGCACGUGUUUGGACCUCUCAGAUGGCUUUGAAUGCAUUUGCCCAUCAGGUUACUCUGGUCCCAAGUGCUCGCUGGACAUUGAUGAGUGUCUCUCGUAUCCCUGUAAGAAUGGAGGCACCUGUAUUGACCAACCGGGUAAUUACUACUGCCGAUGCGCAGCUCCAUAUAAAGGGAUUAACUGCGAGUUGCUGCCCUGUGAGGUCAUUAAUCCAUGUGAUAACGGGGCAGAGUGUGUGGAGGAAGCUGAUCCUGUCCUCUUCCCUCUGGGUUUCCAGUGCCGAUGUCGCCAGGGUUUCACAGGGCCCCGCUGUGAGAUCAACAUAGACGAGUGCAGCUCCAACCCCUGUCUACACGGCUUCUGUUACGACGCUGUGGAUGGUUUUUACUGCUUGUGUAACCCUGGUUACGCUGGAUUAAGAUGUGAGCAGGACAUCAAUGACUGUGUCAGCAACAUGUGUGAAAACAACUCGACUUGUGUGGACCUCCAUCUGAGUUACGAGUGCCUCUGUCUACCCGGCUGGGUGGGGGAGUUCUGUCAAUGGGAGACCGAUGAAUGUUCAUCAAACCCCUGUAAAAACAAUGCCACCUGUACAGACCUCCUCAACGCUUACAGGUGUACAUGUCCUCAUGGCUGGACAGGCCUGGAUUGUGGAGAGGAUGUGAAGGAAUGUUCUUCCUCUCCCUGCCUGAACGGUGCACAUUGUGUGGAGUCUGACAUCCCAGGGGAGUUUUCCUGCACCUGCCCGCCCUUCUUUACUGGCCUCCUCUGUGAACAGGCAUACAACCCCUGCGACCUGCGGCAUAACCCCUGCCUGCACAACUCUACCUGCCGUGCCAAGUCAGAUGGAACCACCCUCUGUGUUUGCCCAGUUGGGUUUGAGGGAACUCGCUGUGAAAUUGAUAGCGAUGACUGUGUCUCAAGACCUUGUCAGAACCAAGGCCAUUGUGUGGAUGGGGUCAACAGUUACAGCUGUUUCUGCAAGCCAGGUUUCUCGGGCCAACACUGUGAGGAAGACAUCAAUGAGUGUGCAUCCAACCCCUGCCAGAACGGAGGCGUCUGCCAAGACCUUGUGAACGGUUUCCAGUGUAACUGUGUCCCCGGAUAUUUUGGAAAGUUUUGCAACCUGGACAUAAACGAAUGUGAAGCUUCCCCCUGCCUCCAUGACUCUGUGUGCAUCAACAAACCUGGGGGAUUCAUAUGUGUCUGCCAUAGUGGCUUCUCAGGUAAAUUGUGCGAGCUGAACGUUGAUGAGUGCAAAUCUAAUCCAUGCCGAAACAACGGGAGGUGCAUCGACGGUCUUAAUGGUUACCAGUGUGUGUGCUCCAGAGGUUUCAUGGGCUAUCACUGUGAGAGAAACAUUGAUGAGUGCUCAUCCAACCCCUGUGUUCAUGGGAGUUGCCUGGAUGAAACUGAUGCAUACAGCUGUCAGUGUGAGGUUGGAUGGACCGGUCACAGAUGUGAGAUCAACAUUAAUGAGUGUGAGACUCAUCCUUGUCUUAAUGGAGGCUCCUGUGUGGAUCUUCUGGACAAAUACGCCUGCAUAUGUGCAGAAGGUUUCACUGGGAAGAACUGUGAGAUUGACCAGAAUGUGUGUCUGCAGACGUCUCAUAAUUUCUCCCUGUGUUUCAAUGGAGGGACAUGUCUGGAUGGACCAGGGGCCAAUUUCACAUGCAGCUGCCUGCCAGGUUUUGUUGGAGAUUUCUGUGAGGUAGAGAUGAAUGAAUGCUGCUCUGAGCCCUGCUUUCAUGGGGCCAUCUGCCAAGACCUCAUCAAUGGCUACCAAUGUCAUUGUCGACCAGGUUGGACAGGCCUUCACUGUGAAUAUGACAUUAAUGAGUGCUUGCUGCAACCAUGCAACCAGGGAAUGUGCAUCCAGAAUGAGCCUGGCCAUGGCUACACCUGCUUCUGUCGGCCUGGAUUUGUGGGAAAAAACUGUGAAUAUAAUUAUGAUGACUGCUUGAUCCAGUCAUGCCCUGAUGGGUUUUCCUGUAAGGAUGGCAUCAACAAUGUCAGCUGUGUCCCUGUGAAGACCGACACAUCCUCUGUUCCUCCCAUCUCAGUUGUGUCGUGGAGAACCAUCAACCCCAACCCAGAGUUACAACCCACUUUAGCACCUGUGGAGAACUUGCAAAACACUGAGCAGUCGACAGAUAUUAGUUUUGGGAGAUAUUCUGGGAAAUCCUUUUUGGAGUUUGAGGGCAUUGAAGUCGGUGCUGUGUUCAGUGUCACGGUGAGAUUCCUGACUGAAUCCAUGUAUGGAACCCUGCUGUAUUCAGCCAGUGCCAUAAAAGGCAUCUUCUUCGUCAAACUCUACGUUUCCAAUGGAAUGCUUCAGUAUGACUUUUUAUGCAACCAAAAGGAGGGAGCUCAGCGGAUCAAUACAGCACAGCAGGUUGCUGAUGGAAAUGAGCAUGUGCUGCUUUUGAGACAGUAUCUUUCUCCGUGUGCAGCUGAAGUCACUAUUUCAGGCUUUAGGACUGUCAGAAGUAUUCCAAGCAAUUUCACAACAGUCAUGAGUUUACAGAGAACUGACAGUCUCUUCAUAGGAGGACUUCCUCUUCUGUAUCCACCUUAUAAAGAAGCUGAGCCUUUCCACAACUAUACCGGCUGCAUUGAAAUAAUAGAAAUUAAUAAGAUCAGAAGAUUCCGUGUGGACCAUGCCAUUGCCAGGAACAAUGUUGACAACUGCAGGUCUCCAUGGCAUCACGACCCACCAGCAAACUCCACAGAUUCCCCUCCUCAGUUCAUCACAGUGGAAACCCCUCCUGACCGGCGUAUCCCACCCACCCAGCCUUCACCUGUCUGCCCACAGGAGCUCUGUCUCAACAGCGGAUCCUGUCGGCCCAUCUCUCUGCCCAGCGGAGCCUCGUCUUUCUUUUGUGACUGUCCUCUGCACUUCACAGGACGCCUGUGUGAACAAGAUACCACAGUCUUUUUCCCCCGAUUUGAUGGUACCUCUUUCUUGGAGUUGCCGUCUCUGACAUCCCUGUUUCAGUCAGACACUCACUUUACGAACCAUUCCUCUGAAGACAGGAGGACCAUGUAUUUGACAAUGAAGAGCAAGACACCUCAUGGUACUAUUCUCUACU